GCCCCUCUCCGCUCGACCGCUGAUGUGGACACGCUCACUGGCAGUUCUCCGGCUGCAGCCAGACUGCCGCUUUGCAAGACGCUCCCUCGCCGUCUUGUGGAUAUCGCGUGCCCACGUCUGGCGCAAUCACCGACGCAUUCGUGUCAUCAUUUGAGACGGAGCAGGUGCUGUGCUGCCCUCAUGAGGCCCGCUUGCGAUGACGAGGGUACGAGUCUCUCCCCGUGUCCGUCAACUCCGUCGACGGCUUCAACAUGAUCGCCGAGGACGACGGCGAAGCUAUGCUAGUCGGCACACUGUAUUUGCACCUUGCCCAUCCUGUUCUCGAACGCCUGCGUCCGAUGCAACCAUCGACGCUUCCCACACGCUCAACCAACCCGAAUCAGACAUUUCAAGACAGUGCACGGUCGCUGCCUCAACGUUGAAGACCCACUCCGUCAUAGCGUCGCGCACGCAUGCGAGUCUUCACCCCCACCCCCCGACCAUUGACACGAACGCGCUGACCAUCGUAUAUCGCGCCCCGGGGUUAGCGCAGACGAAAACGCUUUCACUUCGCCCGUGCCCAUGCACGUCUUUUCCCAAACAGCGCUCUGCUGCCGGCGCGACGUCCACUGAGGACCCGCCCAGACGCAGUUUACCGCUCUUCACCCGUCCACCAAACGCCCACGUCUCGCAAGACCAAACCCACCGCGCCGACACCCGACAGCAAACCUCCGAGCCGGACCUUGGACUUGGACACAGCGGCAUCCGCCGCUCCUCUCGACGACUCGCACCUCGCACCUCGCACAUGUGAACAAGAACCCGCGAAUCCGCGCCGACUCGGACCCGGACCUGGACGCUGCGGCA